UCGGAAAAAGCGACGUUUCCUGGUUCCCUCCGGGGCCAAGAGCGACACCUGAUCCCGGCGGAUUGUGAAACGGAAUGAGGUGGCAACCGGACCGGCCGCCAGCGUCCUAUCCCCGACCCUCCCCACCCCUGGGCCCGCCGUGCCCCCUCCCCGCGGCAGGCCCUCUCCCCGCCCCCGCCCGGCUCCUCCUGCCUCGGCGAUUUAAAUCUCCCCCCGGGACGGCCGCCGCUCCAGUGCCGGGCUCCCGCUGCGGCACCAUGCCCCGCACCCUCGCCCCCCUGGCCGUCCUUCUGGCCCUUCUCCUGCUUGGCUUCUUUCCUCCACCCGCCUCCAGCCAAAACGCCACCGUGAAAGCCGGGGUUUGUCCGGAGCGUCCAGCGGCCGACAACUGCACCAUGGACUGUACCUCCGACGAGGACUGCGCUGAUACCAGCAAAUGCUGCAGCAUCGGCUGCUCCAGACAAUGCCUCAUCCCCAACGACAAGCCGGGUACCUGCCCUGAAGUGAAAAGUGGGAUUCCCCUGCUGGGCCUCUGCCAUGAUCAAUGUCAGGUGGACAGCGAAUGCCUGGGACAGCAGAAGUGCUGCAAGAACGGCUGUGGGAAAGUGUCCUGUGUCACGCCCAACUUCUGAGCUGCAGCUGUGGCCUGCCAGAGGAAUUGGGAAGGGGAAACUGCUGCCUGUCUCCCCUCCCUGGGGCUCAGCGCCUGCCCCCUCUACCUUCCUCUCAUCCCCUCCCAUCUGGUUGUUGCAAUUCUUCUCUGAGACCUGAAGACUCCUCACACACUCCUUGCCAAUAAAGAGAUUGCUUCUGCAACA